AUGUUUGUUUAUGCAGGUGUUGAGCAGGAUGAAUUAUAUCAAGACUUUGAAUCUUCAAGAUCAGCUUUGAGAAAUUACUGGUCGUUACUCACGCCGUUAAUUUUUUCCGAUCAUCCAAAACGACCAGGGGAUGAAGAUCCGUUACCUCCUUAUAAUAUGAUUAGAAAUGUGAUGGAUAUGAACGCACGUUAUGGGGGUUUAAACGCUGCGUUUUUGGAAGCGGGAAAAUCAGUCUGGGUGAUGAAUGUUGUUCCAAUUAGGGCUCAAAAUUCACUCCCUCUUAUACUCGAUCAAGGUUUCGCAGGCGUUCUUCAUGACUGGUGCGAACCCUUUCCUACUUAUCCACGAACAUACGACAUGCUUCAUGCAAAUGGGCUCCUCUCAGACCUUAUAUCAAAGAAAUGCAGCACCACAAACUUACUUCUGGAAAUGGACCGAAUUCUACGCCCUGAGGGAUGGGUUGUUCUCUCAGAUAAAGUGGGGCCUAUUGAAGACGCGCGUACAAUUGCUACACAAAUACGAUGGGAAGCAAGAGUAAUCGAUGUUGAAAAUGGCAGCGACCAAAGGUUGCUCGUUUGUCAAAAGCCAUUUCUGAAAAAAUAAGGUUUUACUUUUUUAAGUUUUAUUCUGUAUAAAACAAACUCGGUAAUUAUUAUUUAUUCAACACCAUUCACAUUCCACGCAACAAUCACGAUAUCGUAAGCUGUAGAUUACACAAAGUUUUGAUGUUUCUUUAAUUUUUUUUGUAAUCAGACCUACGUUUUGUAAGAAACGUAAAUGUUAAAUUAAAUGCACG